AUGUCGAUUCCAAGGGCUAUCCAUACAACGAAAGCACCAACACCUCCUACCUUCCUGUCCCAGGCAAUCCGUUUUGAAAAUAUCAUAUUUUGCUCAGGUCAGAUAGGCUGCGACCCGGAGACAGGGCUCCUGGUAGAAGGUCCAGUCCAGGAACGGACUAAGCAAAUAUUAUCAAAUAUCAACUCGAUCCUCCUGGCUGGAGGGUCAAGCUUGGAAAAUAUUGUUAAGUGUAACAUCUACCUCACGAAUAUGGGUGACUUCGGGCCUAUGAAUGAAGUAUAUACGACCUUCUUUUCAGAUCCAAUGCCGGCCCGGACCUGUGUCUGUGUCAAGGAGCUACCCCUAGGGACCGACGUUGAGAUUGAGUGCAUCGCAGCUGUCAAGGGUGAUCAGAAGGAACGCUUAUUGUCUGCAGUUAUAUAA